AUAUACUGUAUAUAAAUAGAACAUUAAUGUGUAUUAUGCUCAAAAAAUGUAUAUGUAAAUGAAUCUUUAAAGGUUGCCAUUCCUUGUUAGAUAAUUCUCUCAGACAACUAGAUACUUAUUUUGUUUUCAGAGUUGGAUUGCAGGACUUAAACCUUAGACCUUCAACCCAGUUUCUUGUGCUGCAAAUGGCUCAAAGAAUCUUUCAUUUACCAGUUUUUAGUGCAAAGCUUGCAGGGACCCUGGAGCUCAUGUUGACCUUUCCAAAAUAAAACUACUCUUGACCCUAGGUAAGUGCUCUUGGCAGUCACAUGUAUGCUUACUAUUAUCCUUCAAUCGAGUUAAUUUCUGUUUAAAACUAACCGCUCCUUCAUUUCCUUCCAGAACCAAAGCUCAGCUGUUACCCUGUCACGCAGGAAGAGAGGGAAACGCGAGAUCCGCUGCAACAGGUGUUUCUAGGCUUCGACACACACACUUCCCCAUCUGUCGGUAAUCUGCUCGUCUACUUUUGCUAUAUUAACCUUACUCACUGUUCGCAUUCUUUUUCCCUUCACUUUUGAACUGUAUGUUGCUGGAUCAUUCUGUUUUAGCUUUGAUCCCAAGUAGAAAUCAAAGUGUAAAAGAAAUGUAAGAUUAUGAAUACCAAGUAAUAUGAUGACACUGCUGUUAAACUGAAAAUGCCUGAACUUGAAGCCAGUGCUCUGUUCAUUUUGUAAAUUUGUAGAUACGGAGUUGAAGGUACUUAUGUCAACAAUUUGAAACAUCAUAGCCAAGUGACAUGUUUGUGGACAGACUGAGAGUUAUUUCUCUCCAGACCUGGAUUCGGUUCUGAGUUCACUGAGUGAAUGAAACAAUGAAUGAAAUGAGUCAUUCAGCUUUGUGACUCAGGUGCUUAAUGUUUCCAGUCAAUGAAGCUCCAUUCUUGGCUUAAAGGGGGCGGGGGGAGAAAAAUCCUCUGCGUCACAAAAGCCUUACCUUCCACCUUUCGGGCUGUCCAUGCUGUCCAUCUGUCUGGCCUCCUCCGACCCUUUAUCACCAAAUUAUCUCGUCAGUUGUUACCGAAACUCAAACUAUACAGGUGCUUGCUACUGAAAUUGAGAAUGUAACUUGCAAACUUACUACAGCUCACCCAUUUUUUAUGUCCAACCCCCCCUGUUGUAAACAGGAUGUCCUGAUAUGAGCUAUUUCAGUGGUCAAAUGUCAACAAGCAGGUGUUUUCCUGAGCAGGUUUUUUGGAGUCGCUCUGUUGUUAAUGAGAUAAACGACUGUUGCGUCUGCAGCUAAUCCUGUUUGAGGACCAGGGAGGUCAUCAGUCAAAUCCCCAUAAGAGCAGACAGUGACAGAGUAGAGGAGCGCACAAACUGAGGGACUGGAUGUAAUUCCACGCAUUAACUUUACGCUUUGCAGCUUCGACAAAUGAUACUAACAGCUGAUUGAGUCUACAGGAGAUACCUGUAAGAUAAAAGCCUCCUUCCUGGUGUAAAUUAAAAGAGCAACAACACUGACACUUGUCAGAUAAACUGACAAACAACACAAGACGAAGUCAGAAAAUGGAUUCCCUCAUGUCGCUGGGUGCUCCCCUGAAGCAGUUCACCAGCUGUGUGUCGGGGAAAAACACCUCCAACAACAGAGGGGCCAAGAGGAGCCAGUCUGUCCGCAGGAGCAGCUUCACACGCAGGAAGAGCGUCAGUCGGAGGAGAAGCCUUCCCUGCAACAACCAGAAAGUCCCCGACUCCUGGCUCAGAGUGUACCAGGCUGAACUGAAGAGAGAAAGGAAACGACAACAAGCCACACUGGCCAAGAAGAACACUGACAAGAAUGUUAGAACUCACUUCAGGAGCCACCACUGCCUCCCAAGGCAGACCACCACAGCCAGAAAACCGGCUUCAGCAAAGGACGAUUCCUUUUUCGGAGCCUUCCAGGGCCUCAGUCUGGACGGACUGAUGGGAGGCACUAAUGGAUCGCCUGCUGCUGCUCCUGCUGCAGCUGAUCAGUGUAAAGUCAUGUGAGACCCAACAUUUAAGGACAAUCAGAUCACAAUCUGAUGAAAUGAUCCUUUUACUUAAGAGACUUAACGAGAAAAGGGCUCAUGGAAGAAAGAUGAUUUGAGUUGAAAAUAAGACACAUUGUCCUUGGGACAGGUAAACUCAUUAAAUUACUUUUAUUGUCCUUAGAAAUUGUAUUGCUUUAGGAAAGGCCAUAGUGCUUAUUCUUGAUUCUUUUACAAUUCACACAUUGUGCAGUGUAUCAAACUUUGAACAAUUUUUAUUUGUCUAUUUUUAUUAAAUAUUAAGGUGAUUAACUGA